AUGAAGAGGAUCAGAGUACACAACAGAACUCUUCAAAUGAAGAGCUCUGAUACCAUAUCAGAGAUCAUGCUUUCCGCAAAGAAUACGUGGCUUGGAGCAUCCAUUGUAGAUUCACACGUGAAGGAGAUAGUGAACAGUGCUUGGGAACGAAAAGCAGAGCAAGAUGGGGAGGAGAAAGAGAAGAAAUGA